GCCGCCGGCAAUCAUCACACACAACAUCAGCAUCACAUUAUUACAUCCACACCAACAAAUCAUCAUCAUCACCAGCAAAUCUAUCAGCAGCAUGCCUCAUCUUCAUCAUCCUCAUCCUCCUCUUCGUCCUCCUCAUCAUCACCAUCGUCAGCCAUUUUGAAUUCUUCUAAUUCGUCGUCAACUCAUAUAUUUCGUACUCCUGUAGUUUCCAGCAGUAGCGGUCAUCACUUAACAAAUUCUACGUCUUCUUCUUCCUCCUCCUCCUCUUCUAAUUCUUCCUCCUGUACCUCAACGCCAAACGUCAACACCAACAAUACUGCCAUGCGUCCACCACCACCACCGCCUCCGCCAAAAAUUAAACACACCUCUGCCGCCACACUGGGUUUGGGUGGUUCGCAUCAUGCGGUUGUUAUAGGUGGUCCAGGCAAUUGUCUGGCGGAUGGGAAUAGAUCAACAACGCAUAUGGUAUGCUCUCCUUCGUCAUCAUCUUCCUCGUCGGCAGCAGCAUCAUCAUCGUCUUUAGGCUCCCAGCAUCAGCACCACUCCCAACACCAACAAUCGUCAUCAUCGAUGUCUGCCUCAUCAGCGUCAGCAAUGAAUUUAAAUGGCAGCUGUGAAGAACCAUCCAGCUCAAUACCAGAUUUAG